CGCGCAUCAAUGAUCAAUGACGAAACAAUAAAUUUUAUGCCUUUGCUCUAAUAUAUCAACAUGAUACAAAAAAAAUAUGGAACUAAUUGCUUUAGUUCCCUUUGCUAUCGUAUAUAUUUUUUUAAGUUUUUAAAUUACGUACUCGAUUUCGGGGUACGCUCUUUGGCCGAAGAGUUUUUUUUUUACUGCCCUUGUAGACUGACGAGAGUAGCAGAGAGAUGUGUGUGGUUUUCCGUCUAUAUAAUGUUUUUUUAUUAUUUCUCCACUCGUUAAGGGUCGUCGGGUUAAGGUUAGGAAUGCUUUUUUUUUUGCUCAGACACCCUGGAUCUAAAACGAUAUUGCCAUGUUUUUUUUUUUGUGGCUUUUGAUUUUUCACCCACGACAUAUAAUUAUCGUGUCGGUGAGUGUAAAAAAAACCUCAGCCUGUAACUUAUUAAAAAUGGAAAUGACUUUUGAAAAAUUGAAAAUAAUUAUUUUAGUUUUCUAUUUUCUCCUUCCUUCUUCAAAUAGGUUGAGGCCUUUCUACCUAGCUGUGGUAAUUGCCUUUUUAGUCGCCACACGUGUCACAUGUGCACAAUAAAUGAAGCAUUGAACAUAAUAAUGGUGGUUUUCCAAUUACAGAGCAUAAUGCGACUCAGUGACGCACAAUGCCGAAUUAUGCCGAAGCUUUAAUUGGAACGUGAAUUAGUUUUCAAAUGCACCAGCAGAGUGCGCUAAGUUAGCACAGUUUUAAUUAACAUUGAUUAUUUCUAAGAAACUACGACGAAACGAAAGCCUUACAAUUUUUUUCAACAUUAAAUAAUAUUACUAACGAUAAUAUAAACAAAAUUUCGAUCAAUGCCAAAUUGUAAAGAAAAAACACUUGUCAAUUUUCUGUCACUGAGUCGGUAUCGAUUGCGAGUAUCACGCGAGAGCAGUACUUCUGAGAGUGCUCGAUUGUGCGAAGCGUUGCUGCAGUUGGAACAUUCAACGUUGAACAUUAUGCCGCAUAAUGCCCUCUUGUGCUGUAAUUGGAAAACUACCAUUAUCAGAUUUACCUAAUUGUUACCCUUAUCUGAAUGUAUCUUAUCCGACCGGGUGUUCUGUUAUCAAUCGAUAGACAUCGCUGUUGCUAUAACUCAAUCGUGGAACGACACGUAAUAACGGACUGCGUGUUUUUUUUCUUUUCUUUUUUAAUAUCUAAAUCAGUGCUCCAUAGAUUACGAGUAUUAGUUCAAUAAGAGGUGUCUUUGUGUGUAUACAACAACAAAAAAAAAUGGCGGACGAAGUUGAGAAACCGACUGUCUCGCUGAACUUAGGCGGCGCUUUCUCCGAAAAGGUGUCCGAGAUCGUUGAUAAUAUGGACAUAAAGACGGUUUUGAAGAAAAUGAUUGACAUGCCACCCGAGGGACAGGACAAUGGUGAAACGAAGGAGCAAUUGCAGGGGAUCUUAGAGAAAAUCGAAGCAAUGUCCGACGAGGAAAGGGAAGAGUUCAUGGCUAAAAUCAAGCAAGGAUUGAUGCAAAAGCUUAAUUUUAAUCUAGGCCAAAACAUUGAUCUGUCCGGCUUGGAGACGGCCAUCAAGGAAGCUAUCGUACAAAAGCUCUAUAUGGUCGGUGCUAUCGUGGCGUUCAUAGUGUUCUUAUUGCUUGUGUUCUUCGGUUACAAACUGUACAAGUCGAUAAAGGACAAAGAAGUCAAGAGGGAAGAAAAGAAAAAGGCUAAACAAUUAAAAAAGAAAAAGUAGAAUUUUAAUUGACAUUUAAAAAAAAGAUGGUGGUUUUGACAGUAGAUUUAAAGUAUAAUAUGUCACUUUGGACUGAAUUGUCAUUUAAAAAAUAUAUAACCUAAAAUACUACUGAUUUUCACUUUUAUUUUAAAAAAAAUGAGAUUUAAAUCCAAAUAUACGGUUUGAUCCAAUAAAUUUACGUAUUUUCUACCACAUAUUUGUUUAUUACUAGAUUUUUACUUUAACAACUGUCAAAGGUGCCAUUUUUAUUAUUUAUGUAUGUAAGGUUUGGUGGUUUAAGGUUUAAGAAGAAUUAAGUAUUUUUCACUUGAUUUUAGUUCUCAAAAAAAUCUCUUUCAAGAGAACACCAAAAAUAAACUGAUUAGGUAGUAGCACUUAAGUCUAAAUCAAGAUCCCGUAUUUAUAGUUUGGUCAUGAUUAUUUCAAAUGUAUUCAUACUAAAUGAAUUUUAGAAUGAAAUAGGGUGUUUGGUGAAAAAUACUUAAUUCUGUGUUGGUGACUGAUUUGAGAAACUAAUGUGUACAAAAAUAACUUCCUGUUUUUUACUUAGGCACAUUCUCUGAAUCUAAUUUCCAUGCUAUAUGAUAGGAGUGUUGCGGUUUUUAGAUACUUACAUUCCAAAUGUUAUGUUUUUUUUAAAUUUUGUAUUCCUUCUUUAAAUGUAAUAUGUUGUUGAGAAAUAUAAUUUAUUUUUACAUAAUAAA